AUGUCCAUAAACCUGACCGCCCAGCUGGAGCGCAACAUGAUGGCAAAGAAUUACCACAAGGUCGUCGAGCUGUUCGAGGAGUUUGUGUGGAGGGGCCACCACGCUGCCGCGGCUGCCGCGGACGCGGCCGCAAAGCAGGCGGAGGCCUGCACGCCGCAGGCGUCCGAGGCCGCCGGCGCGCAGCGUGACGGGGCCGCAGCGCCGGCGGCGGGCCGAGCGGAAGCGGGCGCCGACGGGCAGCCGCCGCCGCAGCCGCAGCAGCAGGGCUCACAGCGGCAGCGGCGGCAGCAGCAGGCGCAGCGGCAGCAGCUGCCCCGCGACUUCCGCCCGGACCGCCGCGCGUUUGGGAUGUACUACAAAGCGCUGAAGCUGGCACACUUCCACUACGGCCAGUGGGAGGGCCUGAGCGAGCUCAGAGUCAAAACCACCCUUGACUUGGAGAUGGACGUCCAUGGCAUGCACAGCACCAGCGGGCUGGAAGCGAAACUCAUCGCGGCGCACCUCAACAGGCGGCCGCCGUCGGACGUCGCGCAGAUCUUCGACGACGUGCGGGCGCGCGGCGGCGCGGGGGCGUUCCCCUUCUUUAACCUGGCGAUCAGAUCCGCGCUGCGCGGGCGGCAGCCGGAGCGGGCGGCCGGCCUGUUGCGCCAGGUCUUGGACGAGGGCGUGUGCGCCACGUCUGUCUCCGACCGCGCACGCGUGCUGGAGCCCCUGUGCUCGCAAGUGGCUGCGGAGUUUGGCGCCAAAGGGGACAUCAAUGCCGCAGGGGAGUGGCUCAAGGUGGGCGGGACCGGCAGGCGGCGCGCUUUGGCGUGGCAAUUCUGGUGGGACGCGUGCCCUGAGGAGGCGGUGGCGGCGCAGCCGGCAGCUGUCUGA